CACAUUCCUGGCCUCCUACCGCAGCAACAGUUUGUGUCACCCAAACCCUCUCUCUUCCUUGAAUGUUUGUCUUUUCAUAGGUGUCAGCACCAUUUUCUCUCGAGAGGAAGCGCCACCCUUGGCGGACCGUGCUCUCCCGCCGUCACAGUCGCCCGCCAGCCAUUACAGCAUGCCUUUUCCCUGUUGAGCAUGCAGUGUGCAGGAUUGCAGCAGAAACACGUGUGUGGGGACAGGGGUUCUUGAGAGUGCGCUACGAAAGUCCAUUCAUCAUCCAUAUAUAUCUCGAACUCGAAACCAGACUGAUGUGGUUCCUGUAUGGAUCAUUAUCACAGCUCUUCGGUAAUAUGCGAAUGACUCGGACAGCCAAAACCGGAACUUGUCACACAAUACCAAAGAUCGACUUACGAGUCUUUACUUCUUACCGGCCUCUUCGGUGGUCACAACGUCAAAGCCGCCAAGCUUCGGCCUCAAGCGCGACCAAAGAUUCCGAGUUGACAGGAUGCAUGCCGAGCUGACAGUCAGUCAGCCUCGACCUCUCCAAGUGUUUCAUGAUCUUCACAUUUACAUGCUUGUUAUCAAAAUCGAGGGCCUCAUUUUGUGGAGACAUCUCACAACACACCCCGCUGAAGCCCAGUUGCGGGCCUUGACCUCUUAGCGACCGGUUAGUGAACCCCAGAUUCGGCGCCGGCCCAGCUUCCCGUCUUUGGGGUAGCUCCCUCACCUGUGGUAGACGAACCCCGAGCCGUCCGUCUUCCGUGUGCCGAGGCAUCUUUUGUCUUGGGGCCAGUCCGGUGAUGUAGUCCCGUAUGCCAUCAUAGCUGACAGCCACAAUUCAUUGACGUUUCUCAUCAAACAACGACACUAUUUGCGGCACCGAACUGAAUCAUCUUACUUCUCUGCUGUUACUCCAUUUCAUCGCGCCGCCCACUUACACCCCGGGUCCAUCACCACUUCCAGCUCACCCAGCACUGACCACCACCCCAACCACCAAAAAUGUCCUUCACAGAGCAAUACGCCAAAUACCAGUACUUCCUCACCUCCUCCCCGGCCCCUUAUGUAGCCCACGUCCAAAUCAACCGCACCUCCAAGCUCAACGCCUUCAAAGAGGCCAUGUGGCUCGAGCUCCGCACCCUCUUCCAGCAACUCUCAUCCGACCCCGAAGUCCGCGCCGUCGUCCUGUCGGGAGCCGGCGACAAGGCCUUCACCGCCGGCCUCGACGUGACGGAAGCCAGCCAGAACGGGCUGUUGAACCCGGACGGGAACCUAGACGGCGCGAGAAAGGCGGCGAGGCUGCGGAGACACAUUGCCGAGUUUCAAGAGUGCAUUUCGGCGGUGGAGAAGUGCGAGAAGCCUGUCAUUGCCGUUCUGCACGGCAUCAGCAUUGGUCUCGCGAUUGACAUCGCCUGCUGCGCCGACGUCAGAAUCGCUGCUGCCAACACCCGGUUCGCGGUGAAAGAGGUUGACAUCGGGCUCGCGGCUGAUAUCGGCACGCUUGCGCGGCUGCCAAAGGUGGUGGGGAGCUUCUCUUGGGUGAAGGAUAUCGCGCUGAGCGCUAGGGAUUUCGGGGCCGAGGAGGCGUUGAGGGUUGGGUUUGUCAGUCAGGUGCACGAGUCAAAGGACAAGGCGGUCGAGGCGGCGGUGAAGAUGGCGGCGUUUAUCGGGGGGAAGAGUCCAGUGGCGGUGCAGGGGACUAAGGAGGUGUUGAAUCAUUCGAGGGAUCACGCUGUGGAGGAGAACUUGAGGUAUGUGGGCAUCUGGAACGCGGCGGCGCUGCAGACGAAUGAUGUGCAGGCUGCGCUGCUGUCGGGGAUGCAGAAGAGGAAGCCUACUUUUGAGAAGCUCUAGGUGUUUUCUGGGGGAUGUAAAUAAUAAGAUUUCAAUUGCCCCAAAA